AUGUUCAACAUCAUGUCGAUCCUUCACAUCGAUGCCUCGGCAGAGGGAAACACGGAUCCCUGGCGCGCUGACGAGUCCAUGAAGGAGUACGGAGAGAGUCCGGGCAUCUCGCCUGUGCUGAUCGCCGGUCUCUCUCUUCUAGCCUGCAUCGUGCCCAUCGCGUGCUGCUUCGCGCGGCGGGGGCCCAUGAGGCAGUCGAGACCAGCCAGCAAAGGCAGCUGGGGCUUUGGUCUGCCAGAGAAAGUUGAGGAUGAGGAGCGUGGCUUACCUGGAAACCGGAACAACCUCCCCAGGACCUUCAGCUCACAGUAUUCUGAUGAGACGACCGACACAGGAGGCUCGUCACCCCAUUCGGGCUCCUGGGGGUUCGCUGGAGUUGGCGCACGCAAGGAGAUGAAGGUUCACCCUGCCCCCGAGGAGGAGCAAGACAUCCGCAACAGCCGUGGCGAUUGGAGGAGGUCGCACAGCCAUCCGCCUGCACACGGACCCAGACCCGAGGCCUCUUCGGGAAGUUGGCAGGUGCCGCAGCAGCCGGCGCCUGGCAACUGGUACCAGAGGCAGGAGCAGGAGCGACAGCGGCGUCAACGAGAGAAGGAGGAUCAUCAGAAGUCUCAGCGACAACAGACAAGGGCGGAUCAGGACGCCUGGCAGCACGAGUGGAUCAAGAACAAGCGAGAGCAGGACCGGCUCGAAAAGGAGCUGAAGCACCAGGAGGAGGAGCAGCAAAAGCGCCAGCGCAAGGAGGCGCAGCGGCGUCAGCAAGAGGAAGAGGAGCGGCAGCGGAAGUGGCAUGAGCAGGAGGAGCAGUGGAAGAAGCAGGCGGAGGAGCUGAGAAGAGAGAAGGAGAAGCAGGAGGAGCAGGAAUAUCUGCGACAGAAGCUCCAGGAGGAGCAGAGGCGCUGUAGAGAACAAGAGCAGCAGCGGCAGAAAGCAGAGAAGCAGCGCCAACACGAGCAGCAGAGGCAGCAGCAGCAGCAGCAGCAGCGUGGGCGCGAGCAGCAGCGAAGGGACCAGAAGCAGGAGAAGGCUGAUGGAGAGAGGAGCCGCGGAGGCUUCUUUGGUAGGUGGCGUGCGAAGUCGGAGCCGGCCAAGGAGCAGUCGAAGAAGAAAGGAGGACCUCAGGCUUCCGCUCCCAAGGGGAGCCAGUGGACAAGAUGGCCAGGAGCAGACAUGCCCCGAGCGGCCAGCACGGAAGAUAAAGCCAGAAGUGCGAAAGAGACUGAAGAAAGAGCUGCACGCGAGAAGAUGCAGAAGGCCGCUGAGCAUAAAGCAUCUUCCCUCAUGGACACGGUGAUGAAGCAAAUCGCUGGGGGCCCUACGCGGGAUGUCACCCAAAGAAAGACAUGCAGCCUGCUCCCGACAUGUCAAACAUCAGAUCUUUGCUGCGAGUAUUGGAAGUUCGAGCGCCGCGUAGCAAGAAAGAACGGCUCUUUAGCAGAAGCUCCAAAUCGCGGAGCUGCAUUCUUCGAUGGCCACUUGCAGAUGGAUGGCGCAGCACAGGGUCAGCCGGCGUACCAGUCGGAGGGCACUGCCAGCGGAGAAGUUCUGGGCACGGUGGCCGAGGUGCAGCUGCGUGGCAAGCGCCUUGCCUUCGUCUUUCUCCAUAGCGACGGCUCCGAACGUGUGCGGGUCGUCUUCGACCGACGACUCUUUGACAGCAGCUCGAGCGAGCUGCCUUUCCCAUCGAAGAGUCUCCACGCUGACACGGUUCGUGUUGAGGUCCAGCAGACGGAAGGCGGCAAAGAUCUCUUCGGCCUCAGAUGGUUCCGUCUCCCUCAAGAGGUUUCGGCUGGAUCGACUCCUGGGAUCCCAGAACCGCCGAGAGGGCGAAGGUCAAGCUCGACCUGGGUUUGCUGCCCACUUUGCUCGGCGACGUCCAUGCGGCGAUUUAGCCUGGAUCGAGGGCUGCGUGCACACCUAGACGCUGUGCACAGCGAAGGAGAUGAGCCCAAGGAGCUGAAGGAGGCCUGGCAUCGGAAGAUGGCGGAUAUGGCUGAGGCACGUGGCAUUUUCUCUCAUCGCAGCGCCGAAGGGCUUGGUGGAGCCAGGCGCAGUGCUUUCAUCAACAACCAGGCAACAACGGACGACCGGAAGCUGUCGCCAGCGCUUGAGGCUGCGAGGACAGGCGAUGUCACCACCCUGGAGGGCCUUCUUCGCGAAGGCUGGCAACCCUUUCGAGCAGCUUCGUUGGACAAGCACGGCGCCAGUGCUCUGGACUGGGCUGCCGGGAAUGGGCACAUGGAGUGCGUGGAUCUGCUUCUGACGGUGGACGCUGGCCAUGCCCUGAAGGCAACACGUCGAGAUGGCCGUGGAGCCUUUCACUGGGCUGCCCAGGGUGGGCACAACUCCGUUCUCCAGCGGCUUUUGCAGUGCAAGGUGCAUCCUGAUGCUCGCACCACAGCCGGGGUCACCAUGAUGAUGUUUGCAAGUUACGGUGGCCACAUUGAGACGUGUGACUUCUUGUUAAGGCAAAGAGCAGAUCUCUGGUUGCAGAAUGCGUAUGGCUGCGACGCAGGGCACUUUGCGGCCAUGGGUGGUGACGUGGCCAUUUGCCGGUGGUUGCUUCAGCAGGGCAUGUGCUUCACCCGACCCCAGCGCUCCGGCCAUACGGCUUUGGACAAAGCAAUGGAAUUCGAGCAAGAGGAUGUCAUAAACUAUCUUGCACGGGCAAGCGCUGGGGUGGAGGAGUCGCGAAGGCAACCUUCGCAAGUACAGGUGCGUGAUUGGUGA